AUGCUGGACAUGGAGUCGGCGAGCGGGCCGGACAACGCCACGCUGCUGAUGCUGCAGAACCCGGCCAUCGCGGUGGCCCUGCCCGUGGUGUACUCGCUGGUGGCGCUGGUCAGCAUCCCCGGCAACCUGUUCUCGUUGUGGGUGCUGUGCCGCCACAUUGGGCCCAAGAGCCCGUCGGUCAUCUUCAUGAUCAACCUGAGCCUCACCGACCUCAUGCUGGCCAGCGUGCUGCCCUUCCAGAUCUACUACCACUGCAACGGCCACCACUGGGUGUUUGGCGUGCUGCCCUGCAACGUGGUCACCGUGGCCUUCUACGCCAACAUGUACUCCAGCAUCCUCACCAUGACCUGCAUCAGCGUCGAGCGCUUCCUGGGCGUGGUGUACCCGCUGGCCUCGGCCCGCUGGCGCCGCCGCCGCUACGCCGUGGCCGCCUGCCUCUGCACGUGGCUGCUCCUGCUGGCGGCUCUGUCCCCGCUGGCCCGCACGGACCUGACCUACAGGGUGGACGCGCUGGGCAUCGUCACCUGCUUCGACGUGCUCAAGUGGACCAUGCUGCCCAGCGUGACCAUGUGGGCGCUCUUCCUGUUCACCAUCUUCAUCAUCCUCUUCCUCAUCCCCUUCGUGGUCACCGUGGCCUGCUACACGGCCACCAUCCUCAAGCUGCUGCAGGCCCCCGACCGCCACAGCCAGGGCCAGAGGCGCCGCUCCGUGCACCUGGCCGCCGUGGUGCUGCUGGCUUUCGUCACCUGCUUUGCGCCCAACAACUUCGUGCUGCUGGUGCACAUGGUCAGUCGCCUGUUCUUCAACAAGAGCUACUACCAUGUGUACAAGCUCACGCUGUGCCUCAGUUGCCUCAACAACUGCCUGGACCCCUUCGUCUACUACUUCGCCUCCCGCGAGUUCCAGCUGCGGCUGCGGGACUACCUGGGCUACGGCCCACUGCCCAGCGACAGCCAGGACACGCGCCGCGAGAGCCUCUUCUCGGCCAGGACGCUGUCGGGCCGCUCCGUGGCCGCUGGUCAGGCUGAGGACGGGCUCGGGGCAGCCGGCCAGCCCUGCCUGAAGAGGCAGGAGAGCGUGUUCUGA